AGAAUUAUUCCGGUGGUACUGAUAGCAAAAUAAAAUUGUUGGAGCAGCUUGAUUUUGCUCAGUUAGAGCAUGCAAGCGAUAGCACGAAAACCGAGAAGUCAGUAGUGCAGGUGCAAAGCAGCAACAACGGUUAAAGUGAAAAUAGCUGCAGAAGGUGUAUCAGCAAUAUUCAAACAUUCAAACGAAAACACACAAUACGUGUUGGUCUGAAUAACAACGGAAAAAAGAGCAAAGAACAUUGAAGCUUAUGCUGUAAUAAACUAAAGGUGGCAUAAUUUAACAAAAAAGCGCAUUUGUGAGAAAAAUCUACUCAAACAAGUUACAAGUUUAUGCGUUAUUUCGUGAUCAUCUUCAACAAAAGCGGUACAGCGAACGUUUUUGCUUCAAGGGUAGUUUUGUUACCCGUUCUUUGAUCUUGACAACGUGUUUGAAUAUAUAAUUUGUAUAUACACAACGAGUAAAAUAGAACUGCACAGAAAUGGCACCACCCACUGUACUUGUUACUGGCGGAGCAGGCUAUAUAGGCUCACACACAACGCUAGAGAUGUUAAACGCUGGUUACAACGUAGUUUGUGUGGAUAAUCUUUGCAAUGCCUACAGCACUGGUUCUUCGAAGCUGCCUGAAGCAUUAAGUCGUGUACAGGAGAUAACUGGCAAGAAGGUGCAUUUUCAUAAUGCAGACAUUACCAAAGAUGAGGAAUUACGUGCCAUUUUUCAAGAGCAUAAAAUCGAUAUGGUUGCUCACUUCGCAGCCCUCAAAGCUGUUGGUGAAUCAUGUCGCAUACCCUUGCAAUACUACCAAAACAAUUUGACUGGCACGAAUGUCUUGCUAAAAACAAUGGCUGAUAACAAUGUCUUUAAGUUUGUAUAUAGUUCAAGUGCUACCGUGUAUGGUGAACCAAAGUUUUUGCCUGUAACAGAAGAUCAUCCCACAGGGAACUGCACAAGUCCGUACGGUAAAACUAAAUAUUUUACUGAGGAAAUUUUGAAAGAUCUUUGCAGGUCGGAUAAGCGCUGGGCUGUAGUUUCUUUACGUUAUUUUAAUCCGGUUGGAGCACAUCCGAGUGGUCGUAUUGGGGAAGAUCCCAACGGUGAACCGAAUAAUCUGAUGCCGUAUAUAGCACAAGUCGCAGUUGGCAGGCGAAGUGUCUUACGUGUCUAUGGUUCCGAUUUUCCGACAACUGACGGUACUGGCGUACGUGAUUACAUUCAUAUCGUUGAUUUAGCAGAAGGUCAUCUUAAAGCUUUGGAUAAACUACGUAACGUUGCAGAGACAGGCUUUUUUGCAUACAACUUAGGUACUGGUGUAGGUUAUUCAGUAUUGCAAAUGGUGCAUGCCUUUGAAAAGGCAGCUGAUCGGAAAGUCAACCAUGAAAUAGUUGAGCGGCGUGCUGGUGAUGUGGCAACUUGUUAUGCUGAUGCAACACUUGCGGAAAAAGCGUUGGGAUGGAAAGCAACACGCGGAAUACUUGAAAUGUGUGCAGACACCUGGCGUUGGCAAAGUCAAAAUCCUAACGGUUACGCUGCCAAAUAAAUUUUGAAAAUUAGAAUUUUUUCGUAAA